UGGGGGUGGGUCGAGGGUGCUCGGCCGCGGUGGCAAGCGCGCGGGGGCGCGAGAGUGAGUUGGAGGGAUGCGAGAGAGGAGGGAUGCCAGGCCGCCCGCCGCCGGUUCACCCUCACUAACCCGCGGCUCGCUCGACUCUUCAGUGCGGCCUGAACGGUUAACCGGCCUACUUCUCUCUCUCCUCCUGCGCUUCGCCGCUCUGGUCCCGCCGCUGCCAGCCCUCGUCGUCGUCCUCGUCGUCGUAGUCGUCGUCGUCGUCGUCGUCGCGACGUCGUUACACCACCACCACCACCGUCGUCGUCGUCGUCAUCGUCGUCAUCGUCAUCGUCGUCGUCCUCGUCACCGCACUGUGGGGCCUGCUCGAUCGGUGUCCCCGACGUCGCUCGUCGAUGUGACAUCGCGAGAGGAACGCGAGACAAGAAACGCCAGAGAGGAUUCUCUCGCUCUAUCCUUCUGCCUUUCUCUCUCUUUCUUUCCUUUUUCUUUCUCUCUCUCUCUCUCUCUCUCUCUCUCUCUCUCUCUCUCUCACCGUCCGCGAGCGGCUCGCAGCCUCCGCAGCAAGUUCGCCGCCGCUGCGGACAGCCGGCCUAAAAGAAGAAGAGAAGAGGACACAUACACAUACACUGUUCGCGCACACACGGGGGUGGUUUUUCCUCGCGCGGCAGUGGUGCUCGGGACUGUGACUCGAUCUCGCUCGUGAGUAAACGGGAGAGUUACGACACUCGGAGGAGAUCGCUCUCGCUCACGCUUCUCCCCCUCUCCCUCUCCCUCUCUCUCUCUCUCUCUUUCUCUCUCGCUGUCCUUCUCUUUCUCUGUCUCUCUCCCUCUCGUCGACGCUGACGACGACGUUUCGCCAACGGACGACGACGAACGGACGCUACCCCGCUCCACCGCGGGAAGCCAGACGAACGAUGCUCCACGAACGAAGAAUGUAGACGGGACAGGGGGAGGGCAAGCGGAUCUGCCUGUCGCGGAUUCGGAGGAGGACAUCGCCGCCGUCUGAAGUCUAAUCGCCUCGAGCCGCGUCGAGCACCUUCCUCGCGUCUUCCUCGCUCCGAACAGGCACGAUGUCGAGAAACCCAAGUUCCUGGCGGACCGGCUCCGGCAGACUGGAGGCCCUGUUGGUGCUGAGCCUGUUCCUGCUCCUCGUCCUGCAGCCGGAUCCUUGCCGCGGCUCGCCGUCCCACCGGAGCAGGCAUCACGAGCACGAGUUGCACUCCGCGCAAGAGACGUCGUCGCACGAGGACACCAGGAGUUCCAGGUCGAGCGAGGAGCUGCCGCGACCGGCCGCCCUCGUCGGCUCUGACGAUCCGCUGGUGGUGCGCACUAGAAAGGGCAUGGUCCGCGGCAAGACCAUGGCCGCGAAAACCGGCAAGAGCGUCGACGCUUGGUUCGGCAUACCCUACGCUCAGAAACCUGUCGGCCCGCUGAGGUUUCGCCAUCCGCGGCCUGCCGAGCGCUGGUCGGGCAUACUGAACGCGACCACCCUGCCGAACAGCUGCGUACAGAUCUUGGACACGGUGUUCGGCGACUUCGCCGGCGCCACCAUGUGGAACCCGAACACGCCGCUGAGCGAGGACUGCCUGUACGUGAACGUGGUGGCGCCGCGGCCCAGGCCUAGGAACGCCGCUGUCAUGGUAUGGAUAUUCGGUGGUGGCUUCUACUCCGGCUCGGCCACCCUCGACGUGUACGACCACAAGACCAUGGUCUCGGAAGAGAACGUGAUCGUAGUGUCGAUGCAAUAUCGCGUAGCCAGCCUCGGCUUCCUGUACUUUGGCACGUCCGACGUGCCCGGUAACACCGGUCUCUUCGAUCAGAUGAUGGCUCUGCAAUGGGUGCGCGACAACAUCGCCGCGUUCGGCGGCAAUCCCGAGAACGUGACGCUCUUCGGCGAGAGCGCUGGCGCGGUCUCCGUCUCCUUGCACCUCCUGUCCCCGCUGUCCAGGCACCUGUUCAACCAAGCCAUCAUGCAGUCGGGCUCGGCGACCGCGCCAUGGGCGAUAAUCUCGCGCGAGGAAUCGAUCGUGCGCGGCAUUCGGCUGGCCGAGGCGGUCGGUUGCCCGCACGAUCGUCACAAUCUGCGCGAGGUGAUCGACUGCUUGUUGACGAAGGACGCGGAGGAGCUGGUCAAGAACGAGUGGGGCACCCUCGGGAUCUGCGAGUUUCCGUUCGUCCCGGUGAUCGACGGCGCGUUCCUCGACGAGACGCCCCAGCGCUCGCUCGCCACGACCUCCUUCAAGAAGACCAACAUCCUGAUGGGCUCCAACACCGAGGAGGGCUUCUACUUUAUCAUCUACUACCUGACGGAGCUAUUUCGCAUCGACGGCACCGAGGACGUGAAGGUGACGCGCGAGCAGUUUAUCAGCGCCGUCUCCGAGCUGAAUCCCUACGUGAGCCAGAUCGGCCGUCACGCCAUCAUUUACGAGUACAGCGACUGGCUGCACCCGGACGAUCCGCACUCGAAUCGCGACGCCCUCGACAAGAUCGUCGGCGAUUACCAGUUCACUUGCAACGUCAACGAAUUCGCCGGCCGUUACGCUGACACCGGGAACGUUGUCUAUAUGUACUACUACAAGCACAGAUCUAGGAACAAUCCGUGGCCGCGAUGGACCGGAGUCAUGCACGCCGACGAGAUAAGCUAUAUCUUCGGGGAACCGCUGGACCCAUCCAAGGGCUACACGCACGAGGAGGUGCUCCUCUCGAAGAGGAUGAUGAGAUACUGGGCGAACUUUGCGAAAACGGGGGAUCCGAACAUCGACGAGAGCGGCGAGCUGUCGCUGGCUUACUGGCCGUCGCACACAGCCACGAAUAAAGAGUACCUGACCUUGGACCUCAACAACACGGAGAUCGGCAGCGGUCCCAGAGUGAGGCAGUGCACCUUCUGGAAGAAGUAUCUGCCGCAGCUGCUCGGCGCCACGUCGAAACUGGAUGUCGGGUCCAAGGAGACGUGCGGCAGCACGAGCCUCGCCGACUCCGGCGCGACCCGGAUACUCCUGAUCUUGAGCCUGUUAUUGACCGGCCUCACUACUCUGCCUCACAUCCAGCACGACGUCAGAGGUAUCGUUUAGCUCCCGGCCGCCGCCGCCGCUGGAUCGGUGGUCGGCCGUCGAGCCGCCGUCCUAGCCCCGUCGAGCAGCAGAAGCAUCAGCAUCGGCAUCGGCAGCAGCAGCAGCAGCAGCAUCAGCAUCAGCAGCAUCGGCAUCAGCAACGGCGCUCUGCCGUUUCUUCCCUGAAGAAGAGGACGAACGCGAACACGAACAAACGAAUGAACGAACGAACGAACGAACGAACGAACGAACGAAUGAACGAACGAUCGGGAAGACGACGGCACCGUGCGAGAAACAGACAUAUCAAUAGUAGAAGAGUGCUCGAUCGCCGGGGGAUCGACGAUGAAUAAAAGAAAAAAAAACCACACACACACGCGCCCGCGCCUAUAAGAGAGAUCUCGCUCGGUCGGAAACUAUGGGGGGACGAGGGUGGCCCCAGGGGGGGCCCGGGGUGGAAUCGAGUUCGAGUAGUAUCCACGCGCGUAACCGGGGAAACGAGAGAUCCAAGAAAGAGAGAGAGAGAGAGCUAAGCGACGAUCGACGAUCCGACGACGUUGAGAGGUAAGAAGGGGGAAAUGAACUGACGAUGAGGUUCCAAUGUAGCGAACGAUCGAAGUGGAGACGAGACGAUGGCUCGAAACUAUCGGCGAAACUACGCCGACAGUUUUAAUUGAGCUAAUUAUAGUUCCUACGAGUCACUCCGAGGUCUGAGGUCUCUUCCUCCGUUGAACGCAGGCGCGACAGAGCGGUGAGAAUUCGACAGAUUCGAAAGUCCACCCGAAAGCACCGAGUAUCCGAAAAUCGCGAGAACGUAGGGAUUCGAAAGCACGAACUGGAAGUUCGCAAAAAUUCGAAAUUCCAAGAAUUCGAUAAACGAGAAUCCAACAAUGAAAUUCUGCAAGCCGCAAAAAUCCGAAAAAAAAAAAUCGUAGGGAUUCGAAGAAAGAUAUAUGCGUCCGGAAAUUCGAAGAGAUAACUCAGGUACUCGCGAGCGCGCGGGAGAGCUUGGGGCACCCCGGAAGCUCGUAUACGACACGAGCGCGCGGAUUCAUCGCGUCGUAAAACCGUCGUUACGCCAUCGGCCUCUAGCUCUCCCACGUCGAUCCCGAUACUCCAUCCUGGGACACGAACGGCGCGCGUAAUAUACCACCCCGCCGUAUAUCCGUUAUGUGGGUCACCGUCGCGGGGGGGGUUUAUGAGCACGAAUCGCCGCGUCGCGUCGCGUUUAUCGUGACGUUAUCCCGCGGGACAAGGCGAUUCACGAUGUAUAUAUCGGACGUUAGAAGCAUCGGACGGGUGAUCGAAACGCGUCCGGGGUAAGAGCGUAAUUUCUCCCGAGCUUUACCGGAUCCGCGAAUAGCUUCCGUUGCGAGAUGUCGAGAUUCACGUCAAAGAGAAGAGAGAGAGAGAGAGAGAGAGAAAAAAAGAUCUCCAAGAAUCCUCGAGAGGCGCGUAUCUGCGCCUGUCUCAUCUCGUCGAAGGAAAUCUGACACGGCAAGAUAACGCAGAAUCGAUAACGAUCGAAUCGCGUUUCGUGAAUAUCAGAUAUCCGACACGAUGUUAUUGUUCGUACGCCAUCAAUUCCGUAUCAAGACACUCGACCCUCGCGCGUAUUUUUCUUUAUUAUUAGCUCGAUACCUCGUACGAGGAUCUUUUUAUCGCGGCAGGGGAGCUAUCUUUCAAGGGACGAGGAAAUCCGGAAACGCGCGUAGAUAUUUCGACGUAGGAUUAGGAGUUCAUUUGGCAAGGAAUAGAAUGUUAUUUCCUCCUCGUUCGUCGCGAUGAUGCCUCACAGCAGUCUCGCAUUCGCGUCUAACAGCCGACGAAGAUGAGCGCAGCGCCGCGUAAAAUUGCCUCUGGCCCCCCGAGCGACAGGCCGAUUACGACUCUGCAAUUCGUAUUCGUUUACCUUCGCAUCCGCCGUUUCCCGCCGCUGUGUAUGUGUUACGUACGUAUCUACGCGCGCGGCAAAGUGGUGAAAUGGGGUCCGCAAUUCGAUCUAUACGGUCCGAUACGCGCGCCCGACUCGCGACUCUACGCGUCGCAGCAGUCGAUCGCGUUCGUGAAAGACA